UGCAAUAAGGCUUCCCAUCUCCGAGUGCCUUUCUGUGCUGCGCAAGCCUCAUUGGAAGGUCUCUGCCUUUCAGCUUGUUUGAGGUCCGCCUCAACGUCCAGGCUCUCCGGCAAGAUCAUCUCCUUUGAAAGGGGCAACGUGAGGUCAGCGUCCAGUUGAAGGGGUCGCCCACACAAACCCAACUCAGAGCUAGUGAGAAAGAGGUUGUCGUUGGAGGCAUCCACGUUGCACACCAAGCGGCCGGAGCUGAAUCGCCUGGACACAGAGAUUGAUUGAAGGGUUUCUUGAACAUAUGUGAACAAUAUCAUGAUAUCCUUAUUAAUAAGUAUCUGUCACUGUCCUUAGGUAGUAUUUGAAUCGUCAGGGCCAUACCACCAUAUACCACCAACUGAAGGCUGCUUUGUGUUGUGACUCUCCCAGCUAGUUGUUCAAGAUUGAACUUUUGCAAAGUUACUUCAACAAGAAUACUCGAUCAAUGAACAGCCGACCCUGCCUGCGAUUGGUCUGUGCCUCUGCCGUUGGGUGCACGUUGAAGGGGCAAAUCCAGCGAGCGUCGCAGCUCUGCCUCAAAGCCCAGAGGCAGUUCUGAACCUCUGCCUCCUCAUCGCAUAAUCCCCUCUUCGAGGAUUUCUUUGCCACUUCCGGCAGCUCGAGGAGACCCAAUGUUCGAUUGGGGGCGAGGUCGUUGCAGAACUGCAAGCAAGAGCAAAGGUCUCCAAGGGUCUCAGUGCUUUUGGCCCCAGGGACAUUCAUGUCCACAAUGCAAAUGCAAUAAAGAUCUUGAUCAGCUGCGCAUCCACAAGAUUGGGCCUCAGCCAAAAGCAGUGGCCCCUUUUCCAGGGGGAUAUGGUUUUCAGGUCAUCAUGAGAAAUACUUUUCAGGAACAACUGAAGUCGUGUGUGGGGAGGGAAAACUCCUCGGCGGAAGCCUGUGUUUAGUCAUUGCGUUAUUCUCAGCUUGGCCUGGAGCAGUUGAAAUCAAACAAGGGUAAACGACACUUGAAAAAAUUAUGAGCUAAGUUUGAACCAGAAACCACAUAGGAGCGGAAUUCAUUGAUCUUCUGUUGGGCCAGUGAAGGCUUGGCGACUAGGUCACAGCGAAGAAACUUGUCCAUGAACGACUUGAUCACUCGCUCUCCCAGCUUCGACUGCUCCACCCUCCAAGCUACCAGCUUGCGAUGCUUCAAGGCUUCCAAUUUCUUGGGAGCCUCAUGUGUCAGCUUGAGUUUUUCUUGGUCACGAAGUAAUGCACCCUUGAAAAAGCUCCAGCGAGCUUCCCUCACUGCGACACGUUCCUUCUCAACUUCUAAGCUGGCUCCCUCCUCUUGAACCCUGAUGGCAUCGAGCGCCUCCUUUUGAGACGUUGGCAGCAUGGAAACUCCGAACUGAGCUGGACGGCCAUCCAUAACUGCUUGCAGCUCAUGGUCUUUUGAGUUGCCGGAGCAAAUGGCUUUGUCCAGGUCAUCGAAGUUCUUGAUGCGGGAGGCACAGAAGGAUCGAAUCUGGCCCCAAACGCACAUGAGGUUCCUCAGCGAUUGGAGGUCUUCCUCCGACAUUCGAUACUUCUUUUGAUCGGAUGGCUGGUCAAUGAUAGCUGUAGCUCUUUCAAAUGUUUUCCGGAUCCUCAUGAAGAGCAGAGCCUGGGUAGCACCAUCCAAUGGAAGGCUCCAAUUGAUGGUCACUGUGGCCUCCUGGUUGGCAGGUGUGAGCUCUGACGCAGCCAUUGGGGCCAAACCAGCAACAGAAUCCAUGAACAGGAACUUGAGGACACUGAGCUGCUCGCCCCACGGACCGAACUGGAACGGCCCAUCCUUCAAAGAGAUACGAACUUGUUCAUGUGCUUCGCUUGAUGUGAGCUCAAGCCAAUGCUUGAUGGCGUACUGUUUCUUGCCAUCUAACAAGAGAGAUCCUGCUCCGCCCUUCUCCUGGCGCAGGAAACUGACCAUGGGCAUUAUUUAUGAUAUAAUACGAGGUAGUCUAGUCUAUUGAAUAUUGAGACGGAACAAAAACUGUGAUAUACCAGGUGGUAGGUACUUGCACAGCUCAAGUCACCCAUUACAGACAGACCUAGAAGUCUACAUUCAAUCCUUUUUGGGUAGCCUGUCCUUUCCACUGCUUCCGCCAUGUGCAGCGACCUCUGGAUUGCUGUUGUACAUGUCGAUGGCUUCCUGCAUGGUGGGCGGCAAUCGCAUCCCAAGGACUUCACCCUUGGCACAUCUCGCCAUCCCACUAGAGCAACGCUCUUGGCUAUGUCGAGCACUGUGGCCAUAUCUGGAAGCCUCCAGAAGCUGUCAUUGGCGAUAGCCGUGCCGGCCUUGAUGGACCAGGUUGAUCCAAUCCUUCAGUUCGAUGAAGAUGCGGCUUCCAGUUGGCGAGGAGGGCAACCAGCGCUGCCAGGCGCGCAAGCUCCUAUCGAUAGAGGAAAUCAAAUCUGGGCAGAAACGAUGAAAGGAAUGAUGCACGUUGUGGUGGACACAUCCGAUCGCGCCCAGGUGAGCUCAUCAGCAGAACACUGGACUUCCGACUGAAGGUGGCAAAGAAGCCAGGAAACCUGGUUGCCAAGUACUGCCAGAAGCAAAGAUGGUGAAGCAGUCCCGGAUGCGCCCGCACCUGGCAGUGGCCGGCUGUUUGACUUGAC